AUGAGGAGACCCGUCGCUACGCACAGUCCUCGGAGGAAGAAGAGGGAUAAGGGCAAGUGCCCGACAGAUGAGCCCUUAAAAAUUCCAUCCUUGAGGCUCACUGACGAGCCUGUGAAACCUGAGCAGCCCCCACUCAAGAGAACCAAGGUGGCAAAACCAACAGGAUCUCAAGAUCCUGUUGAAGCGGGCAAACUAAAGCUUGCUCAACUUCUUACUACUCAAAGGAAUGGAAACCCUAUGAUAAUGCUUAAAGGGGCGAUUCCUCAUUUAGCCACAAGUUCAGUCGUAUGGAACACAAUUAUACGAGGACAUUCAUUGCGCAAUAACCCUAUACUAGCCGUGGAAUUCUAUGUCCGUAUGAUUCUGUGCGGGGCGGAGCCGAAUUCUUAUACUUUUCCGUUUGUUUUGAAGUCUUGUGCUAAAGUUGGGGCGACCCAUGAAGGGAAACAGGUCCAUGCACAACUUUUGAAGCUUGGGCUUGAGUGCGAUGCCUUUGUGCAUACUUCGCUCGUCAACAUGUAUACUCAAAAUGGUGAAUUGGAAAAUGCGCGUUUGGUGUUUGAUAAAAGUACUCUUCGAGACGCUGUGUCGUUUACAACUUUGAUCACUGGUUAUGCUGCAAGGGGUUUGAUGGGCGAUGCUCGCGGGCUUUUUGAUGAAAUUCCUAUGAGAGAUGUGGUAUCUUGGACUGCUAUGAUUGCGGGCUAUGCUCAAUGUGGCUGGUUUGAAGAGGCAUUGGCGUUCUUUGAAGAGAUGCAGAAAAUGAACAUUCAACCACACCCACAGUUUUGA